AUGACCACUGCAGGAAACAAUGCCCACCACUUCCCUCACCCCCACAAGCGGCAUUCUCUCAACCUGAUUGUAUCUUAUCCCCUGACUCGAUGCAGAUGUCAUUGGGACAGUUUUGAGCUAGAGGCGCGUAGACACUUUCGAUCUGUGGGGUUCAGCAACAAGGUCCUCGACUAUGCUCCAGCGAAAGAGGAUGACCAUGAAUUCCAUAUCAAAAAGGAGCAACUACUCUGCGGAGACGAGCAUUCAGUUGUUGCCCGUUUUGGUCAGAAUGUUGGGCAUGUCAUGACUUCAGUACUUCGGGGAGGUGUGGGAACCAAGCUGCGCUUUGGGGACUACAAAUGUGUUAAGCCGCCUGAGCAAAAACACCAUGGAAGCAUGAUAUUAUAA